AUGUCGUGCACUAUCUCUGGUUAUUUAGCCACUCCUGAAUUCCUUCAAACUGCUGCAAGAAUCAUUGGAUGUAUUAUGAUUCCUAUGAAUUUAUUCGGUAUAUUUUGUAUACUUUAUAAAACUUCAAGAAAGCGACAAGAAUUGAAACUUUGUAUGUUGAAUCUUCAUUUAUGGACAUUUUGGUUCGAUUUGGAAUACACAUUUUUAUCCAAUUUAUAUUUUUUCUUACCAGCAACCGCUGUUGCAGGUCUAGGUAUAUUCAAAGAAAGUUUGAUUCAGAGUAAAGACAAUUUUCAGGCAUUUUUUCAACUGUCUUUCAUAUUCCAACAAAAUUUCUAUAUUAUUUGGAUAGUUUUUCGUCUGGUGGAAUUGCGAUUGCUGUAGUUAUGCUUUUCGAAAAUCGUCAUUUUAAUAUAAUCCCAUUCACAAGUAAAUUACGAAUCAAGAAUUUUAAAUAUCGAAUUGUUCUUGCCAUUUUCAAUUUUAUCAUUGGAAGUAUUUAUGUUGUUCCUGCUCUUUUUUUCAAUUUCAAUCAAACAGACAUCAAGAAUAAAUUGCUAAAGGUAGGUGUUUUAUAAAGAUAAUUGAGUUUGCGUUAGGUUUUCUACUAAUUCGAUAUUGCAAAAAUCAAGAAAUCACAAGGUUCAAAACACUGCAAAAUAUUGGAUGAAAUUUUUAGAAAUCCAAGAAUACAUCUUUUCAGAUUUACCCAUGCCCGGAUCCAAUAUUCUUCACUGAUCAAACAUUUGCUCUACCAGAAGAAGCUAAUAAUUAUCUAGGUGCAUUUUCAUCAAUAGCUGGAUUGAUAAUAAUAAUGCAACUUGUAUUCUUCAUCUCUCAUAUUUGUUAUUGGCUAUACAAAGUUCGAGAAACUUCAGCAAUGUCAGAAAAUGCAAAACGUAUGCAACGAAAAUUUUUCAUCGCCACUUGUAUCCAAAUCAUCAUUCCAAUAUUAGCAUUAGUUAUUCCAACUUGGUAUAUGGGUUAUGUUAUUUCAAGUGGCUAUAUCAAUCAAGCUGUCCUCAAUAUUUUCACACUAGUUGUUCCAUUACAUGGUACUGCAGCAACAAUUGUAUCAGUUAUUGCAAAUAAGUCAUAUCGAGAUUUUACAAUAUCUUUGUUUAUGUGUCGAAAAAAGAAAGUAUCCAGUCAAAUGCAUGUGACAAAUGUUAGCACAGUUAUAAAGAGAUCAAAUUAUUGA